AUGGCCCGGCUGUCGAAGCGCACCGUUGACCCGUCCAAGGGCGUGCUCGACCCGCACGACAUCAACAACGCGGGCUUCUUCUUCCUCUUUGCGCUCAUCGGCGUCGGCUUCGUCGUCACGGGCAUUUGGUUCUUCUUCUACGCCAAGAACGGCGGCAUCUACUUCAACGACCACGACUGGGACGACUACAAGUCCACGGUGCUGCGCCGCAAGGGGCCCAACGGCACGCUUCUCUCGGGCGCCACCGAGUCGACUGAUUUGGGCGGCGGCAGCGUGUACAAGCGUUAUGACGACGAUGAUCACGACGACGACGACGAUAGGCGCACGGCCAUUACGGACAGCACAUACUUGACGGGCAUCACGGCCGGUGCGAGCGACAUCUUUGCGCGCGAGAAGCGCAAGAAGAAGCGCGAGGCGCGCGACGCGGAGCGCAGGAAGCGGCGCGGCGACAAGGGCAAGGGCGCAGAGGCAUCGUCGGCGACGACGGCGUUUGAGGGCGUCGUGGACGAAAAGGCCGAGCGCGAGGCCAAGAAGCUCCUGCGCAGCUACCGCCACGAAAAGGCUGCCCGCGUCGGCGGCAUCAACAAGGAGGCUGAGGGGUCUGAGUGGGAAGGGUCGACGAAUGCCGCCGAGUCCUCGGUGGGGGCCACGUCGGAGCUGCUUCUGCACCAGGAGCCCACGCCUACGUCGUCGCCUACCAAGACUUCUGCUCCUACUGCUGCUGCUGCUGCUACGGAGGCUUCAUCGCCCGAGAAGAAGCCGGCCAAGAGCGGGAUUCGGAAGGUGUACUCGACUGCGGACCGGAGGGAGAAUCGGGAGGCGGAGAGGCUGCGCGCGGAGGCACGCAGGCUGAGGGCCGCGGACAAGAUUGCUCAGCGGGAUUUCGGGUACCAGAGGGCUGCCGGGGCGGUGACGAACAGCGAGCUGAGCGAGAGCCUGCUCUCGGGGUCGGGGAGCGGCGGCGGGUCGACGACGCUGGGGGAGAGCAGCAUUCCCGAGGAGGAUAGCGAGCUGGGGACCAAGAGCUAUCACCAUCCUCUGCCGGAGCUGAAGGAGCAGAGGAGGAGGGAGAGGGAGGAGAGGAGGGCGAGGAGGAGCAAGAGUGGGUAUCGGAGGGGAAAUACGGAGGAGACUGAUCUGUAG